AUGUCUAAGGGCCAGCUGGACCUAACUCAACUAGUAAAGUCAGCUGUGGACUUUUUGUCCCAUUUAUCAUCAUCAAGAAAUAUGAAAUCAAGAUAUUCAUACAAGAAAAUAGCUCAAGAAUUGAAUAGAAUUGAGGAACCUUUAUACUCAUUGGACGGUUUGAAGAGUAUAAAGGGGGCAGGAAGCAAAACAAUUAAAAGGAUACAGGAGUUUGUAGAUAAAAAAGUUGUAGAAAGUAUAAAGACAGAAGAUGAUCUUGAGAAAUAUUCAAAUAUUCUUUCGCCAGAUGCAUAUGAUGAGACGAAGAAAAAGUUAAGUAGUAGAGACAUGUUGGGUUAUAGCCUUGGGAAUGAUGCAGAUGAGGAAAAGAGGAUCCGUAUUCCUAGGAAGAGAAAAUAUGUCCCUGGAUAUAGAACAGGAAGCUAUGGGAUAAUGAAGGCACUGUGGAUAAGGGAGGGGAUUACCAAACACGAGAUAGCACAUAUAGGAAGAAAUUAUUGCGACUCUGAAUUUGAUUUUACUGCUAGGCACUCUGCUUGGUCAUCUAUGAAAACAUUAACAAAAAAGGGAAUUGUGUAUAAGGAAGGAAGAUCUAAAUUCUAUCUUACAGAUGAAGGAAGAGAGCUAGCAACAACUAUGUUUGCGAAUACAUCUGCCAUUGAAGAAGAAGAGGAGGAAGUUACACUUAUAAUAGAUGCUAGAGAAAUAAAAAGCAGAAAGUUUAGAUUAUUUUUCCAAGAAUAUUUUGAAUCGAAGAAAAUUAGGCAUGAUACCCGAAUUCUUGAAGUUGGAGAUUUCCUUUGGAUUAGAGGCGAGAAGGUAUGUGGGUUUAUAAUAGAGAGGAAGAAAGGAAGUGAUUUUGUGAGUAGUAUAAUGGAUGGCAGAUUCAAGGAACAAAAGAAUAGAUUAAAAAGUACUGGAAUAAAGAAGAUCUUUUACAUCGUAGAGGGAUUGAAGAGCACCCAUAUGCAAAGCGUGGGGAAGGGGCUUGUGAUGUCGUGUUUGGCGACAACGAAACUAGAGGGAUUUAUUGUUAUAGAAACGAAGGACAUAACUCAGACGGGCUCUGUUAUUCACAUGAUAGACUGUGAGGUAAGAAAAGGAUAUGAAAAAGGGCUUGAGGCUCCAGAUAGAUUAAAGAAGGAUGAAGAAUGUGAAGAGUACCUAAAGCCCUGUGAGAGUUCUGAUGGAGAGAUGGAGAUGAGUUAUGGAAGUUUUAUUGACAAGGGCGCCAAAGGAAAAGGGAGAACCCAGACAUACUUGCUCUACAUAUCCCUACUUUCCAUUAAAGGAAUGGGCCAUAAAAAAGCUUGGGCAUUGGCUGAGUUUUAUAAGACAAUUGGGGAAUUGAUUGGAAAAGUUAAAAACAAUGGGCCAGGAAAGCUCUAUGAAUUUGAGGUGGAAGGAAAGAAGAUAUCCCGGAAGAACGCCGAUGACAUAAUAGAGUUUUUUCUGAAAUGA